AUGGCUAACAAAAGUAGACCAAAGAAAGCCAAGGCUCCGUAUAGAAAGUACGUAGGAGGUAUUGGUUAUGUUACUACGGCUUAUGGAAAAUUUCAAACCUCUGAUGAUGAAUAUGAAGAUGAAGGAAAUAAAUACUAUCACAGUGAUCAAGAAGAAACUUAUAUAGAUGGAACAGAAGAUAGACCUUCUUCGAAUUCUUCGGAUUCUGAAAAAGGGUUAGAUCCUAAAUUCCUUUAUGUCUGUAAAGAGUGGUAUAUUAUGUAUUUACCAAUUUUGUAUAGUUCUCCGUACUUAAAUUCGAAAAAUUUCAAUAAAUUUAUGGUUACCAUGGACAUUAAUAAGAAAACACCUGCAUUAGGAGAUAAAUCCAUUAAAUUAAACGAGUUGGUUUUGAAAUUAGAUUUAUCCACGAUUGUUCAAUCUGGCAGAAACUCCUUUGUUUCAAAACUAUUAAGACGAUGUAAUAAAAGUUUAACAGAGUUUAUAGCACCACAAACUAGUUUCGGAUAUGCUCCGUUGAUAUCUUUAAAGUCGUGUCAUAAUUUACAAAGGUUAGACCUCAGUUUAGUUUCGGAAACUGUUGAUUUAGAUAAACUAUUUCAAGCAAUUAUUGGGUUUGAACAUUUAAAAGAAUUGUUUUUCCCCAGAUGUAGUAUAAACUGUGAUUUAAUUUUGUUGUCUCAGAACAACGGCAACAUAUGGCCUAGAAAUGUAAAAUAUUUAAAAUUAAGUGGCAGUGUAACCAAUGAUUUUAUAAUGAAUUGUGAUUUCCCGAGAAGUUUACAAAAAUUGGAACUAGCUUAUUGCCCCUUAUUGAAUGAACUAUCUAUAUAUAAAAUAUUAUCGCAAAUAGGGGAUAAUUUGGAAACGUUAAUUUUUCAAUAUCCAAUGCCCUCAUUACAGGCAAAUUCGCUCGACUUUAUGUUUAAAUACACUGGUUCAAGAUUGAAAACAGUACAAAUAGUGGUUGAUUAUUGUUCCAAGUGGCUUUUUCAAGAUGAAGAUACUAUUAUUCCAUGUUUAGAAACAAUCUACUUACAGUGCAGCGGAUCGUUGGGACAGGCUUUUAAAAUACACCCAGAUGAUUUAACAGUCGCUAUUAUGGAGAAUAGAAUACCUUGUUUGAAAAAUUUAUAUGUAUCUUGCAAAUUGGGCUGGGACAUGAAUAGCGAUGAUGUGGAAGAUUUGUUAAAUGUUUUAGAGGAUCAAGGAGGCCAUAUGUAUAUAACAUAUUAG